AGCUAAGCCCCCGUACACAUACACAUUCACAUUCCUCCCCAAAAAUUCAAUUCUCAGAUCUCACCUCUUCGCUUGCCCAUGGCGUCAGCCCUAUUAUCCGCCCUCAGAUACUCCGACAGCCUCACUGUAGUUGGAAUCUCAAUCUGCACCGCCGUCGUCUGCGAAGCCAUCUCAUGGCUGCUCAUCUACCGGACAGCCUCCUACAAAUCCCUCAAGUCCACCAUCGACAAAGCUUCCAAAAAGCUCGAGACUAUGAAAUCUACCGACUCCACCUCCGCCUCCUCAAACCUCCUCAAAAAAUCAUCCAAAACCAAAAAGAUGGACCGCGUUGAGACCUCCUUGAAAGAAUCGAGCCGCGAUUUGUCCAUGUUCAAAUUCAAAUCAGGCGCCGUUGUUGCCUUAGUUUUGUUCAUGGUAUUCGGAUUGUUAAACAGUUUGUUUGAAGGCAAGGCAGUCGCCAAAAUUCCCUUUGUUCCCAUAAGAUUGGUGCAGAAGAUGAGCCACAGGGGAUUGCCGGGUGACGACAUGACGGAUUGCUCCAUGGCCUUUCUGUACCUACUGUGUUCGAUUAGCAUAAGGACUAAUUUGCAGAAGUUUCUAGGAUUUUCGCCGCCUCGUGGGGCUGCUGGUGCUGGGUUAUUCCCCAUGCCGGAUCCUAAGUCUAGUUGAGGAAUGAAUUACUUCGAUCAGCCUUUUGGAACAUAGCCUUGCAGCGCAGCGCACAUAAUGCCAGGGAAUUGAAUUAGCGAUCUUGGUGAAACAGUCACAGUUGUCGUUUCUGAAAAUGAAGGAUUUAUCCUACCAGCCAUGAGCCUACCCAU